UGAUAUAGCAGAUUAAUUAUCAUUGGCUUCAUGACAGCCAGUGUCAAAACCAGCCACCUCACAGUUUCAUGUAAUGCUUACCCAUAAAGCUAAGUGGUUUCUUAAUAUGAUUAAUCUGUCAUGUUCACUUCAUGUAAAGUGUUGCCUAGAAUUUAUUAUUUGGUGGAAUGUCUCUUUGUUAGUUACCUGGUUUGCUCCGCUGCAGUACAACAGAUAAAUGCUUCUGGUGACAAUUGUUUUUUGUUUUGUUUUUAGCAUGUGAAAACGCAGAUGGAAAGGGCAAAGAACCCAGCAGAAAACUAAUGGAGGACAAAGAGCCCAGCAGAAAACUAAUGGAGGACAAAGAGCCCAGCAGAAAACUAAUGGAGGACAAAGAACCCAGCAGAAAACUAAUGGAGGACAAAGAGCCCAGCAGAAAACUAAUGGAGGACAAAGAACCCAGCAGAAAACUAAUGGAGGACAAAGAGCCCAGCAGAAAACUAAUGGAGGACAAAGAGCCCAGCAGAAAACUAAUGGAGGACAAAGAGCCCAGCAGAAAACUAAUGGAGGACAAAGAGCCCAGCAGAAAACUAAUGGAGGACAAAGAGCCCAGCAGAAAACUAAUGGAGGACAAAGAGCCCAGCAGAAAACUAAUGGAGGACAAAGAGCCCAGCAGAAAACUAAUGGAAGACAAAGAGCCCAGCAGAAAACUAAUGGAGGACAAAGAACCCAGCAGAAAACUAAUGGAGGACAAAGAGCCCAGCAGAAAACUAAUGGAGGACAAAGAACCCAGCAGAAAACUAAUGGAGGACAAAGAACCCAGCAGAAAACUAAUGGAGGACAAAGAACCCAGCAGAAAACUAAUGGAGGACAAAGAGCCCAGCAGAAAACUAAUGGAGGACAAAGAGCCCAGCAGAAAACUAAUGGAGGACAAAGAGCCCAGCAGAAAACUAAUGGAGGACAAAGAACCCAGCAGAAAACUAAUGGAGGACAAAGAGCCCAGCAGAAAAAAGACAACGAAUAAACAGUCUGUUCCUCUGGAAAGUGCUAGGAGAGCAAAAAAGCAUCAAUGGUCUCCCAUGGAGGUUGCCGCGGUCAUGAGACAUUUUGACGAACACAUCAAAAAAGGAAAACUGGCCACUAUGAUUGAAUGCCAGCAAUGCAAGGAGGCAGAAGAUCCUGCUCUGGCUGGUCGCUCUAUUCUAAACAUAAGAGACUUCGUAAGAAAUCGUGGUGUGACUUUGAAAAGAAAAAAAUAAUCCUAGCUAUAAUAUGGAAAUGUGAUGAAUUGUCCACCAGUGAUGUCAUCUCCACACAGUCCAUUUAGUUCUAAUUUGGUUUAGUUUGCCUGUUAAGUUAUGUUUCCCAUGUUCCUUUUUUGUCCUUUUCCAGCCACUAAUCAGUUACCAUGGAACAUUCAUUUACUAAAAAAACAGUUAUUAGUCGUGAAGUUCAUCAUUAUA